UUGUCUGCAAUAUCAUACCGUCCCUUAUACGGUACAGUACGGAAUUUAAAUGAGAACAAUGUCAGCCCCCAUCAAUUUUGGAACAGUUGCUCUUGGGCAGUGUGUUACUGCUAUUUUUCACCCAGUAGGACAUGCUAAAAUUCUUAUACAGCUUGGACAUGAACCAGUACCAGCGAAACUCGGAACAAAUAUAUUUGGAAAGCAAUAUUAUUAUUAUCCUAACAUCCUGAAGUAUGCUGGUCAUAUAUGGACAAGAGAUGGGUUCCUUGGGAUGUACACAGGGCUGUUACCUCGUGUGCUUGGAGCCUUCACUGGUACUUGUACCCAGAAUGCAGUCUUAGAGUGGUUGAGACAAGAUGAAAAGAAGGAAGAAGAAGAGGAAGAAGAAGGAAAAGAUUGGAUAAAAACAUUGUGUAUAAAGACAGGACAGGAGACAGUUGCCAAGUGUGCUGCAGUUAUUGCUAGCCAGCCCUUCCAUGUGAUAAUGGUUAGACAGAUUGCUCAGUUUGUUGGAGGAGAAAAAAUGUACUGUGGCCUGUUCUCAGGCAUUGGAGAAAUUUAUCACUCAGACGGAAUAAGAGGUUUCUUUGCAGGUCUCACACCCAGGUUGAUAGGGGAGGUUAUACAGAUAUGGGCGUGUAACCUCAUUAUAGGUUCUGUAAACCGAUACAUUAUACCUACCAAGAAUCUAUAUACAUGGGAAUUGCCAGGCGAAGCACAGAAUUAUGUCCCUUUGUUUGUUGGGCUUGUAGUUUCCAAUUUUACCUACCCAUUCACGCUGGUGUCCAAUGUUAUGGCAGUUGCUGGUACAGAGUUGGUCGCUGCUUCGCCUCCUAAUAUGAAACCAUAUGCGAGUUGGACUGAAUGCUGGAGUCAUCUUAAAGAGAUGGGUCACCUGAAGAGAGGUAACAGUCAGUUUUUCCGUGUGGACAGAAGUCGCAUGGUUCAACCCGUGCUGAAACGAACCCCGGGACAGUCUUUCUAUUAAUAGAAAGUUUAGACAUAAAUUACAGUGUUUACAUAUACGAAAAUAAAAACCUACAGGGAAUAUUCUUUACACAACAUAUUCUAUCUAAUGAAUAUAUUUCAUGUGAAAGUGUGAUGAAAUCAUAUUUUUGUGUCAUAUUGAUAGGGAACAUAUUUUUUACAUAUUACAUAUUUUAGUUCUAUAAAUAGCAAAAUUGGCAUGUGUGUAUUCGUUAAAUUUGGGAAAAAGAGACACAGUUACCAUUUUAGUAAAGUGAAUAUUCUAAGUAGACAUUUCAUUUUCUUAUGGCAAAGAAAUAGACACAUAGGAAUAUAUUAAUGGCUAUAGAGUUACCUUACUUAUUUAAUAAG